AUGUCUGAGGCUGACGAUGAUUUCUCACCAAGUCAAACAACAGGUUACAAAGUCGGGGAGAAGAAAACCAUUGAUGAAUACAAAAAUUUAGAUUCCCACGAUGAAUCUUUGAAUAAAUGGAAAGAAAAUCUUUUAGGAAGGGCAUCGGGUGCCUCCUCCGACAAUCGUCGGGUUGUCAUUCUGCAACUCGCGCUUGAAGUUAGCGGGAGGGAAGACGUAGUAUUGGAUUUAUCUUCUCCAGAGGCGCUCGAAAGAGUCAAGAGUACACCCUUCAUUAUCAAAGAAGGUGUUGAAUACCGCAUGAAAGUUAAAUUCAGAAUCCAACAUGAUGUUGUAUCUGGUCUCAAGUAUUUGCAAGUUGUCAAAAGAAAGGGCAUUAAAGUCGAUAAAACCGAAGAGAUGAUCGGUAGUUAUGGCCCUAGUGAUGAACCUUAUGAGAAAAAGUUUCUACUCGAAGAAGCUCCAAGUGGUCUCCUUGCGCGUGGCCAUUACGAUGCGAAGAGUAAAUUCGUCGAUGACGACAAUGUCACCCACAUCGAAUGGUCUUGGAUUGGAAUUAAAUGA